GAAUUACUUCACCAUCGUCGUCGUUUAGAAGAAAAGGCCCGAAAAUAUCAUCAAUGAUGAAAUUGUAUUCAACAAAAAGACGAGCAUUAUCUAAACUUAAACGUGCAAUGAAAAAAGGUAGAACAGCAUCAACAAUGGGAAGAAAAAUUGGCGGAAGACGACGUACCAAAUCAACGGCUAAAAUUCGAACCAGAAGUCCAAAAAAACGAACAAUAUCAUCAUUAGGUGGUAAAUAUGGUGAUUAUUCAAGUCGAAAACCAAGCAGUGUAAAUCGGGCAAAAAGUAGAAGAUUAACUAAACGAAAAGUUCGAAGAAUGGAUGGUGGUGGUGGUGGUGGUGGACCAAAAAUGCAACGAUCAUCUUUUAUUAAUCGUCGUCAACAAAGUUUUUCACAAAGUUCAUUCGAACAACAACAACCAAGCCAUUUUGGAAGAAGUCCAAGCAAACGAAUACCAAAACCAAAAAAAUAUCGACAAAAAUUUUCCGAUAGAAAACAAUCAUUAAGUCAAUUAUCACAAAGUAUUUUUACAUUAGGUAGAAAUUAUCGUCAACGAUUAGAUGAAAUAGCUAAAUCAUUAAUGCCAAAAUUAUUUCCAAAUCUGGCUGUUGAUACGGAAAAAUCUCAAGAAUCAUUAUCAUCAUCAUCAUCGAAUAUAUCACAAAAAUCUGAUAUUCGACAACAAAAAAGUUCAUCAACACGAUCAACACCAAAAAGUAAUUCUAGUUUGAAUGAAUUAAGAAAAUCAUCAAUACAACAGCCACAACCAAAAACAGUGAUUACAAUGAAAAAAAAUCGUCGUAAAAAACCAUAUUCAAAAUCAAAAUCAACGAAAACGAAGAAAAAAAUGCUAACGGAUAAUGAUAAUAAUUGUUUAUCAAAAUCAUCGAUAACAACAAUCGAUAGUCGUGGUUCAUCUUUGACAAGUAUGAAAUCAUCAACUAAAAGCAAAUCAAUAACAGCAUAAGUAAAUUGAAUUUUA